AUGAGCUUCCGCACAAACGCUAAUUGUCUCACUGAUAAUGGUAAUUGUGGUGACCCAAAGAGUGCUGAUGUUUGCGUGGACUAUCAAGUUGAUCAGGCUGAACGCUGUCAAUUACCAGAGCUGAGCACAAUUGCUGCAAAAGAAGCGAAACUCGCGACAUCUGUGCAACAAAUGUCGCUGUCAUCACCAGUGAAAAAGUAUACCAAGCCUCAACCUGUGAAUCACGGAAAAGCUUUUAAUGAUUUCUUGCACCUACAUCGGGAACGCAUCCCUAACGUUGUCGCAUCUGAGCUGUCGUUUUUCAAGCGGGAGAUUGCUUUACAAGAAAUAAGCAAGAAACAAUUGCAAAAGUAUAUGCUGGCAACAGAUAAAGCAAAAGAGGUAGAUCUGAAAGAGUGGGGGCGAUAUGAAAUCGGCUUGCCUAAGCGUGUGCCGCCAACCCACGAUGUAAACGAGAUUGCCGAGCGUGCAGCUCAGCUGAAGCUUUACUGUCGCUGGAGAAAACGUGUCAUCCAAAAACGAGUCGAGAUCCGACGACAGCAGCUGGAAGCAGAGCACCUCGCAUUGACAAAGAAGAACACUGGAAUCCUUGUACCUUUAUUAUCGCGCAGAUCAAUUUGGGGGUCAUCAAAAACAGUGGUCGAAGGCAUAUCAUCUGUGGCAGCAAAGCAAGCACCAACUGACGCAAAUAAACGCAGAAAGCCUUGA